AUGUCAGACAGUGAAUCCGAUGGCUUUCAAGUCGAAGAUGGAGGUAGUGAAUCAGAGGGUUUAGCUCAACCUAUCAAAGCGAAGAAGAUUGCCGCCGAAAAGAAAGCUCCUGCUAAAAAAGCAGCUGCUCCCAAAGCUCCCAAAGCACCAGCAAUUAAGAAAGCUACGACGAAGAAAGCACCUUUAGCUGCCAAAAAUUUACCUAAUGAUUCGAUCUCAGAAGUCGAGUCUGAUUUCGUGGAUUCACCAGCUAAGCCAAAAGCAAAAAUCGCAGACGAUGACGAUGAUUUGGGAGCUGGUCCUAGCACCGCCGCUCCUGCUAAGAAGAAGAGUGCCAGUGAAGUGUAUCAGAAGCUAUCUCAACGGGAACAUGUCUUGAUUCGUCCCGAUACCUAUAUUGGAUCAGUAGAAGCUGUUACGCAGAAGAUGUGGGUAUUCGAUGAAGAGUCAAAAGGAAUGAUAUUCAGGGAUAUCACAUUCGUACCCGGUUUUCUGAAGAUCUUUGACGAGAUCCUAGUCAACGCAGCAGAUAACAAAGUCAACGAUGCAUCCAUGGAUGCGAUCAAAGUCACCAUCGACCGGGAGAAGAACACCAUUUCCGUUUACAAUACUGGUAAAGGUAUCCCAGUAGAAAUGCACAAAAAGGAAGGAGUCAUGAUUCCAGAGCUGAUAUUCGGUCAUCUAUUGGCGGGAAGUAAUUUUGAUGAUGAUCAAAAGAAGUUGACGGGUGGUCGUAACGGUUACGGUGCCAAGUUGGCUAACAUCUAUUCUCACGAGUUCGUCGUCGAGACUGCCGACAAAGUCAAUAGCAAGAAGUAUAAACAAGUAUUCUCCGAAAACAUGGGAAACAAGGGAACACCGAAAAUUACAGAAAACAAGAAAAACGAGGAAUGGACGAGAAUCACCUUCUCACCUGAUCUGAAGAGAUUUGGCAUGACAGGAAUUGAUGAUGACACCAAUGCUCUUCUCAUGAAGCGUGUCUAUGAUAUAGCUGGUACGGUGAAAGAUAUUAAGGUUUUCCUGAAUGAAGAACGAUUAAAGGUUAAGGGGUUCAAACAGUACGUUGAGAUGUAUGUGAACUCCUCGAGUGCUGCGACCUCAGCCGAAGGUGCGGCCAUAAGCAAACCUCCCCUUGUCUACGAGGUCGUCAAUAAACGAUGGGAGAUCGCUUUCACCCUCUCGGACGGAGAGAUGAAACAGGUCUCUUUCGCUAAUUCCAUUGCUACUACCAAGGGUGGUACUCACGUCGAUAUGUUAUCUACUCAACUCGCAAACAAGUUGAUGGAUCAAAUCAAAAAGAAGAAUAAAGCUGCUCCUGUGAAACCGUUCCAAGUCAAGAAUCAUAUGUGGAUCUUCGUCAAUGCUCUUAUUGAGAAUCCUGCUUUCGACUCCCAAACAAAGGAGAACUUGACCUUAAAAUCUUCAGCAUUUGGAAGUAAAUGUGAUCUAUCGGAAGACUUCAUCAAGAAGGUUGCUAAGACUGGUAUCAUUGACAAUGUUCUGAGCUGGGCGCGAUUCAAGCAAGAUCAGAUUUUGAAAAAGACCGAUGGAACUAAAAGAAGCAGAGUCGGUGGUAUUGUUAAACUGGAAGAUGCCAAUAAUGCUGGUGGUCGAAACGCGAAGAACUGUACUCUGAUCCUCACAGAAGGAGAUUCCGCUAAAGCUUUGGCAGUGUCCGGUCUGAGUGUAGUCGGUCGAGACGAGUACGGAGUCUUCCCUCUUCGUGGUAAAUUGUUGAACGUGCGAGAAGCCGGUCACGAUCAGAUCGUAAAGAAUACCGAACUUCAGCACAUCAAGCAAAUUCUCGGCUUGAAGCAUGGUCAGGAUUACUCAACGGUGGAUAGUCUACGAUAUGGUCAUCUGAUGAUCAUGACUGAUCAAGAUCACGAUGGUUCUCAUAUCAAAGGUCUCUUGAUCAAUUAUUUCGAUCACUCCUUUCCGUCCCUAUUGAAAAUUCCCAACUUCCUGCUCGAGUUCAUCACGCCAAUCGUCAAAGUGUGGAAAGGGAAGCAAGAGCAAACUUUCUACACUAUGCCUCAGUAUGAAGAAUGGAAGGGUGCUAACAAUGAUGGGCGAGGCUGGGAGUCCAAAUACUACAAGGGUUUGGGAACGAGUGAAGCGAAAGACGCUCAGAAAUACUUCGCAGACCUCCAGAGACAUCGUAUCGCCUUUGAUACGCUCAAAACCGAGGACAGGGCACUCAUUGAUAUGGCAUUCAGCAAGAAAAAAGCAGAUGACCGUAAAGAGUGGCUAAGACAGUUCAAGCCCGGUACUUUCCUCGAUCAUGAUACCGAUGUUAUCCCCAUCUCCGACUUCGUCAACAAGGAGUUGAUCCUUUUCUCCAUGGCAGACAACCUUCGAUCCAUUCCAUCUGUAGCAGAUGGUUUGAAGCCAGGUCAACGGAAAGUUAUGUUCGCUACUUUCAAAAGGAAUCUCACAAAAGAGAUUAAAGUUGCACAACUGGUCGGUUACGUGUCCGAAAAGACCGCUUACCAUCACGGUGAACAGUCUUUGGCGUCAACUAUCGUUGGUCUCGCUCAGACCUUUGUCGGUAGUAAUAACAUCAACUUGCUGAGUCCUAACGGUCAAUUCGGUACUCGUCUUGCUGGUGGUAAAGAUGCGGCCAGUCCUCGUUAUAUUUAUACGAAUAUUCCACGAAUGACACGAGCUAUAUUCCAUCCUGCUGAUGAAGGAUUGCUUAAUUACCUAAUCGAAGAGGGUAUGGGCAUCGAGCCUGAUUACUAUCUUCCUACUGUACCCCUAGUGUUGAUCAACGGUGCCGAUGGUAUCGGAACAGGUUGGAGUACCUCCAUACCCAAUUAUGACCCCGUCCAGAUAGUGGAGAAUUUGCGACGAUUGAUGCGCGGUGAGGAACAGGAGAGAAUGAACCCCUGGUUCCGAGGUUUUAAGGGCUCCAUCGAGCGCAUUGAACAAGACAAGUACAAAGUCAGUGGUAUCAUCGAGAAGCUAGACGAAAAGACCAUUGAGAUCACCGAACUACCCAUUCGAAAAUGGACUCAAGACUUCAAAGAGAUGAUUGAAGAGAUGACAACUGGUACAGAUAAAGUCCCUGCUACUAUCAAGGAUUAUGAAGAGCACCAUACCGAGUCUACCGUUCACUUUAAGAUUCAUAUGUCAGAGACGGCGCUCAAAGCGGCGGAGGAGGAGGGAUUGGAGAAGCGAUUUAAGAUGGCAACCACUCUCAGUACCGGUAACAUGGUCUGUUUCGAUCUUAGUGGAAAAAUUAGGAAGUACGCUUCUGCAGAGGAUAUCUUGGGAGACUUCUUUGCUAAGCGUUUGGAAUAUUAUGGUCUUCGAAAGCAAUGGCUCGCCGAUGAGUUGAACAAGCAAUUCGAAAAGUUAUCUAACCAAGCUCGAUUCGUCAAUAUGAUCAUUGCCAAAGAAUUGAGUGUGAACAACAAGAAGAAAACUGUUAUUGUAGAUGAGCUGAGAGCUUUGAAAUUCCGACCUUUCCCCAAAAAGGCAAAAGCGCAAGAAUCCGGUGAGACUGAGGCAGCUUUGGACGAAGAAGAUGAAGGAAUGGCUAGCGACUUCGACUAUCUUUUGGGAAUGGCUAUUUGGAGUUUGACGGUUGAGAAGGUCAACAAACUUCUUGCUGAACGAGAUUCCAAAGAGGCAGAACUUAUUGAGCUGCUUAAGCUCUCUCCUCAAGAUAUCUGGAAUACUGAUCUGGAUAACUUCCUUGGAGAAUGGCAGCUCUGCCUGGACAAUGAUGUUCUCGCUGCAAAGGGAGCUAAACCCAAGGCAAAAGGAGCGAUUAAAGCCGCUCUGAAGAAGAAGAAGCGUGCCGCUGGAGAAGAUACAGAUGACGAAGAAGACGAUUUCAAACCCGUCAAAGCUGCUUUUAAACCGCGAGCUAAACCCAAAGCUUCCUCGGCCAAGCCGUCUCCGGCCAAAAAUCCACCUGUAAAGCGGGAUAGUACAAACGUAUCAGAUGAAGAUAUGAAUGUGAAGCCGCCGACCAAAAAGGCUGCCACAGCGAAACCUGCUGCUAAGGUAAAAGCGAAGAUUGAAACGAAGAUGGACCUUGAUGGCUCGGAUGAUGAUAUAUACACCAUACCAGCGCCCAAAGCUGCUCCAAGCACGGGAACGGCAUUGAAAGCCAAACCGAAGACAGCGAUAGUUGAUUCCGAUUCAGAUAACACACCUAUAAAACCCAAAGCCAAACCUGCCCCAAAGAAAAAGGCAGUGGCAUCGGUACCUGUAUCAGAUGAAUCUGAUCUUGAGACAUUACCUUCUAAGCCUGCAGCUGCUAAAGGCAAAAGAGCACCUGCAGCAAAAGCUAAAAGAGUAAAGGAUGAAGCUGAGUCUGAUUUUGAUGACGAUUCGAUGGUGGUAGAUGACUUUGAGCCAUCACCUGUCGCGCCAAGAAAGACAGCUCCAAGAGCCAGAGCAGCUCCGAAAAAACCUGCUUAUAUCGAGAUGUCAGAUUUGGAUGAAGAUGAUGAUGAAUAG